CAGCGCGGGAGAGGCCUUCUUUCCUUCAUUUCUACUGUUGUUCUUGCUUUCUUAUUUCUCUGUAUUCCUACAUAGACACUCCUCUGCUAUUCGUGCUAAGCUCUCGCUUCAAAUAAUGUCUAGCGAUGCCUAUAUGUCUUCAGAUGACGACCGACCACUUGGCUCACUCCAAAACGGUGGUAAGGCCAGCCAAGCUAGAGUCGGCGUAAAUGGACACGUUAAAGAGGAAGCUAGUGAUUCCUCUAUGAGCGAGGAGGAGGACAUGCCUUUGUCUCAAGUUACAGCUCCAAAAUCCGAACCUGUAACUCCAGCAAAGUCCUUGCGGCGCAAGCGAGCUCCUGCACUCGACUCGUCCAGUGAGGAUGAUGAUACCCCGCUUGCGUCCUCUCCUGUGAAGCAAUCUGCUUCUAUACCGAUGCCGGGGACAUCAAAAGCGUCCACGGUGAACGGACACAAAGCAGUCAAAGCUGAGAGCGAUGACAAACGUAGUUCUACCUCUACUAAGAAGAAACGUGCUCCUACGAAGAAAGGCCCCCCACAGAAAAAAUUGAAACGCGACCCUGACGCUUCCGAACCUCCCGUUUCUGAAGGCGAGGAGUCUACACCAGUCAAGAAAGAGAAGGCGUCGAAGAAACGAAAGUCCAAAACCAAGGAUGAGACUGAUGCAGAUGUGGAGGAUAGUGGAAAAUCUAAGCCCGCGAAAAAGAGAGCCACUACGAAGAAGGUCAAGGAUGAAGCGGACGGAUCGGCGACUCCCCAGCCCAAAAAAAAGGGGAAAGUCAAAGAUGAAGGGGAAGAUGAGGAGGAAGUUUACAGGUGGUGGGAAGCCCAGCAGAAUAGCGACGGUGAAGUAAAGUGGCAAACGCUAGAACACCAUGGUGUUAUCUUUCCCCCACCAUACGAACCCUUGCCCUCGAAUGUGAAAAUGAGGUACAAGGGUAAAGAAGUAGAUCUGCCACCAGAGUCCGAAGAAGUGGCCGGGUUUUACGCCGCUAUGUUGGAAACGGAGCACGCUCAGGAUGCCACGUUCAACAAAAACUUCUUCGAGGACUGGUUGAAAGUGCUUCAGGACUAUCCUCCUCACAAUAAGAUCAAGAUCGCGAAAUUUGAGGAUUGCGAUUUUCGGCCCAUGUUCGAGCACUUUGAAGUAGAGAAAGCUAAAAAGAAGGCUCUCAGUACCGCGGAGAAGAAAGAACUCAAGAAGCAGAAAGACACACUUGAAGAGAAAUAUGUCACCUGUCUGCUUGACGGUCGCAAGGAAAAGGUGGGCAACUUCAGGGUUGAACCUCCUGGCUUAUUCAGGGGUCGGGGCGAUCAUCCGAAGAAAGGCGCGUUGAAAUUCCGAGUGCGCCCGGACGAUAUCACCAUCAAUAUCGGUGAAGGCGUCCCUAUCCCAGUACCCAAUAUGCCUGGAAACUGGAAAGGCGUAGUGCACGACCAAACUGUCACCUGGUUGGCCAACUGGGUUGAGAAUGUCAACGGCAAUUACAAAUACGUAUUCCUAGCCGCAGGCAGCUCACUUAAAGGACAAAGCGACAUGCAAAAGUUCGAGAAAGCCCGUGAAUUGAAGAACCACGUGGACCGGAUUCGCAAAGACUAUACGGCCGAUCUGCGGAGCAAAGUCAUGGCAGAUAGGCAGCGUGCGACAGCAAUGUACUUCAUUGACAAGCUUGCUCUUCGAGCCGGGAAUGAAAAGGGUGAAGAUGAGGCCGACACCGUGGGCUGCUGCUCUCUGCGUUGCGAACAUGUCACGUUAGAAGCGCCGGAUUCCCUCAUCUUUGAUUUCCUGGGUAAGGACUCGAUCCGAUACUACAAUCGAGUAUCUGUGGAUCCCCAGGUUUUCAAGAAUAUCAAGCUAUUCAAGGACAACAAAGAGGAUAGUGAUAACCUCUUUGACCGAGUUAAUACAUCGCUCCUGAAUAAGCACCUGGCAUCGUAUAUGAAAGGACUGACCGCAAAGGUUUUUCGUACUUACAAUGCGUCCAUCACGUUUCAACAGCAGUUGGACGAAGGAACGCCAGCGAAUGCCACUAUCCAGGAGAAGCUGAAUGCAUAUAAUCAUGCAAAUCGUAUGGUGGCCAUCCUUUGUAACCAUCAGCGUAGCGCGCCGAAGACUCACGAACAAUCGAUGGGCAAGAUGCGUGAUAGGCUUCGUUCCUUGAAGUAUGAUCGUAUGAAGCUUCGUCAUGUCCUCUUCAACAUGGACCCCAAAUACAAGAAGCAGAAACAGUACGCCGAUGACGAGUCCGAUUUAGAUGACGAUUGGAUAGAGGAGCAUGAAGAGUCCCUUAAGACGAAGGAAAUCGAGAAGGCGGAGAAGAAGUUUGCCAAGGAUAACGAGAAGCUUGUUCAGGAAGGCAAUAAACCUCAGCCCGACUCAAUCUUGCAGGAGAAGAUUGAAGCCGUUGAAGCCGAAUACAAGAGGAUCGCCAAGGAACGUGGCACAGAGAAAGCCAAACUUAAGAGGGAACGUGCUCCCGAGAAGAUCGAGGAGGCUAUUCAGAAGCUGGACGAGAAGAUAAAGACCUUUAAGCUUCAGAUGGACGAUCGGGAGGCUGGCAAGGAGGUUGCUCUUGGUACAAGUAAAAUCAAUUAUUUGGACCCUCGGAUAACAGCUGCAUGGUGCAGCGCUCACAACGUACCGAUAGAAAAAAUCUUCUCGAAAACACUCCUGACUAAAUUUCCCUGGGCUAUGGAAGUCGACGACGUUUGGAAAUUCUAGUCCAUGCUUCAUCUGAUAGCUGGACCUUGGCAUACUUGAGCUUUACGAAGGGCUUUUAGACUGCUAUCAUUAUUCCCUAGAGGAUUAAUCUAGGCUUAGGCAAACUAACCCUGCCCCCUCCUUAUGGGAGGCUCAUUAUGCACAUACCUAAGUAAUAAUACAUCAUGAUAGAUUUAUGACAUUGACACGUACGGAACCAUUCAAUGGUGUUUGGUUCAGCGUGACGCAUUUCACGUGUUGCGCCAUUUCAACUUUAAUGCU